UGUAUACUGCACACCCUUGGACAGACAUUAUCAACUGAAGCCCUCUCGUAUCUUCAGAACCUGAUAGUCAGUAGCCAAGAAGUUAUGCGUUUCUCGCUAUACGGCGUCGCAGCCAUCGCCACCCUUAUCGCCUCUGCGUUUGCCCAAGGUGACAUGACUGCCCCGGCCAACUCGACUACCUCAGCUUCCUCGAUCGAGGUCAAUCAUCCUAAGACAUUGACUACAUGGACAUACAACCCGAUCUGGCCGGACACGACCACGAAGCAAAGGGCGUUGGCUCCGGUCGCUACAUCACGUCAGCAAGCGGUGGAAAUCGCACUAAGAGCUUUCCCGACGUUGCAUGACGUCCCGGAGAAUAAAAUCGACUUCGCCAUUGCCCCCAGGAAGACCAUGCGGGGUGGGCCGUUGAUCAGUAUCCUAGACGAUGCUUGGGCCGGCAUGGCGACAUGGACGCCGGAGACAAUCAUGCUCAGUGUGAAAGAGUCCCCAGGGGACAAGGCGAGGCGUGAAUGUCACACUGAUACAAAGUACGACCAAGGGCGUGAGCUGACCCUGGUUAUGCUUCGAGCAGGUCUCAAGCACAAGAAGGAAAGCGAGUUGACUAUGCCCUGGAUGACCAUCGGUUGCAUUGUCUUGGGGAUUGUCGGCAUCAUCCUCUUUUGUGUGUGGUCUAGCCCCGACAAGAAACCGUCGUAUACCGCCGUACAGAGCUCCGACAUCGAGCCAGGACUACGAACGACAACGCCAGACUAUACAAGUCGAUCUGACGUUCAUCAAGAUCGAGAGAAGUAAAUCGGCCCGGCCAUCGGGCGCCUCAUACCACCGAACCGACUUGAUCGACGCGAUGACUGUACUGUCAGAUUGCGAGAAUGUGCAACUGGGAUGAUACGUUACGGCCCAACGUUAGGAGAGCUUGCGGGGGAUGUGGCUAAGCCUCGAUCAGUCCUGGGACGUCACAUGUUGGGGAUGGCAAGCCGCGAUCUGAUAGCAAGACAUGAUAAUAAAGACUGCGCGACCUUGUAAUUCGAGCGACUGUGCUGCGACACACGAAGCCACGUAUAUGUAUAUGCUGUAUGACGACACUGUCUCCUAAGUCAAAGAUGACGUUGAUCUUCAGUGUCAUUUGGAC